CUGCCUCCUUAUCCAGUGCAACAGGUCUAGAUGGGAACUAACGAUUGAACUAACUGAGACCGAGCAAACGCAAAGAGCUGAUUUAGAUCCCUCUUUGUUUAACAGUCGUACGGUGCAAUGAUUUUUCGGACGACGAUGAAGCAUGCCAAAAAGCACCCUGGCCUAAUCCCUCAGUUUUUCUUCAUCUGUUUGGGAAUGGCCGGUGCUAGUCUAUACCUGGUCCGCCUGGCCAAAGGACCUCAUGUCACCUGGAAUAAAACCAAUAACCCUGAGCCCUGGAAUAAACUUGACCCGACAUAUCAGUACAAGUUUGUGGCCAUCACCACUGACUAUGAAAAUCUGAAGAAGGACAGACCUGAAUUCUGAACUCCUCCACGUCUAGGCAGACCAUAUAGUCACAUGUAAAUCCUUUAACCUCAUCAAAUUUAAGUCCUUUCUAAAUGUAUUAGAUCUGUCAUUUGUGAUUUUCCUCUUCAACUCUAAUUCUUCCCCAUUUUUCGAACCAAUUCAAAAUAAAGGUGACAUAUUAAAGAAAA